CGCCGCCGCCGCCGCCGCCUAGAAGCACUCUGGGAAAGUGCGAACACAGCCUCCGGGACCGAGCCGGUGGCGAGGAGGAGUCCGGUCACCACUUGCCGGUUGGUCCGCCCCGGCGCUGCUGGCUGCAAGGCGCGGCCAAUAGGCUGCGCGAUCCCGGCCACGCCCGCGCGAGCUCUCUUCUCGCGAGGCCGUCUAGGCCCGAAUGUCGUUAGCCGUGGGGAAAGAUGGCGGAAAAUUUAAAAGGCUGCAGUGUGUGUUGCAAGUCCUCUUGGAAUCAGCUGCAGGACCUGUGCCGCCUGGCCAGGCUCUCCUGCCCUGCCCUUGGCGUCUCUAAGAGGAACCUCUAUGACUUUGAAGUUGAGUACCUGUGUGAUUACAAGAAAAUCCGCGAACAAGAGUAUUACCUGGUAAAGUGGCGCGGAUACCCUGACUCGGAGAGCACCUGGGAGCCACGGCAGAAUCUCAAGUGUGUGCGCAUUCUCAAGCAGUUCCACAAGGACUUAGAAAGAGAGCUGCUCCGGCGGCACCACCGGUCAAAGCCCCCCCGGCACCUGGACCCAAGCUUGGCUAACUACCUGGUGCAGAAGGCCAAACAGAGGCGGGCGCUUCAGCGCUGGGAGCAGGAGCUCAAUGCCAAGCGUAGCCACCUGGGACGCAUCACUGUGGAGAAUGAGGUGGACCUGGAUGGCCCCCCACGGGCAUUCGUGUACAUCAAUGAAUACCGAGUUGGCGAGGGCAUCACUCUCGACCAGGUGGCCGUGGGCUGCGAGUGCCAGGACUGUCUGUGGGCACCCACUGGAGGCUGCUGCCCUGGAGCGUCCCUGCACAAGUUUGCCUACAACGACCAGGGCCAGGUGCGGCUGCGAGCAGGGCUGCCCAUCUACGAGUGCAACUCACGCUGCCGCUGUGGCUAUGACUGCCCCAACCGAGUGGUACAGAAGGGCAUCCGCUAUGACCUCUGCAUCUUCCGCACAGAUGAUGGGCGCGGCUGGGGUGUCCGCACACUUGAGAAGAUCCGCAAGAACAGCUUUGUCAUGGAAUACGUGGGAGAGAUCAUUACCUCAGAGGAGGCAGAGCGGCGGGGCCAGAUUUACGACCGCCAAGGCGCCACCUACCUCUUCGACCUGGACUAUGUGGAGGACGUGUAUACUGUGGAUGCUGCCUAUUAUGGCAACAUCUCUCACUUUGUCAACCACAGUUGUGACCCCAACCUGCAGGUGUACAACGUCUUCAUAGACAACCUUGACGAGCGGCUGCCCCGCAUCGCUUUCUUUGCCACAAGAACCAUCCGGGCAGGCGAGGAGCUCACCUUUGAUUACAACAUGCAAGUGGACCCCGUAGACAUGGAAAGCACCCGCAUGGACUCCAACUUUGGCCUGGCUGGGCUCCCCGGCUCCCCUAAGAAGCGGGUCCGUAUUGAAUGCAAGUGUGGGACUGAGUCCUGCCGCAAAUACCUCUUCUAGUUCUGAGAAGUCUGAAGCUAGACUGACCAAGGGGGCCUGAAGUCACCCGCCCUCGCCCACUGCUGCCCUCCUGUUGGGGAACGACCCUCAGGCCCUCUCACCUGCCUCCACCUGCUCUGCCUGCUCCGCCUGCUCCAGGGUCAGGGCUUGUUGAGGACUGACUCCAGGAGUCCUCUCUGUGUUCCAGCCCCUGUGUGGGUUGUAUUUACAAACCCUCACCGACCUUCAGAGUACAUCGAUCACAUCAGAUUUUCUGCAGUUAGGAUUGGGGCCUAUCGUGGAGGGCCAAGGGGUGGAGACCCAGCCUAGGGCCAGAGUAAAAGGAUGUUUUCGUACCUGCUUCUGCCUGGAGCCUGAGGACCCUGCUGCAGGCUCCUCCCCUCCAACCCAGGGCAGGCAGACAUCCAAAGGGAGGGUUCCCAGCCUCCCAGCCUCCCAGCUGCAGUGAAGCUGGUUGCCAGACCGCAGAGCCUUUGUACUAAUGAUGGGAAGGGGCCUCCUGGGUGGGGGACUGAGGCUGGACCUGCUCAUCGUGCCACCGGUGCUGGCACUUAGGUCUGUGCAGGCUCCGUCAGAACUGCCCAGCUGAGAGGUGGACACCAUGGGCCACUGGAAAGGGGAUGGGUGCCUGUGGCCCACUGAGGAGUGAGCGGAAGGUGGUCUGACAGCCAGCCCUGGAGUGGGCUAGGCCGAAGUUCUGCCUGCAGGGAGCACAGAGAGAGUGUCCUGAGCCCUCAGGAGUGCCGAGGGUACUGAGAGCCCUGCCCUUGGCUGUGGUGACUGCUGGGGCUAGUGGAGCUGGAAUCAGACCCAGAUAGUUGUAGAUAGCACUUAGGACAAGGAUGUGCAUUGGUUAGAAGCUGGUGAGGUGUCCGGCACUGGGUGGAGCACCUGGUCCACAUGGAUUGUCUCAGGGAAGCCUUGAAAACCACAGAGGUGGUUCCCAGGAAAAGGCCCAUGUGGCACAAGGCAAAGUACUGUACAGUAAGUCUGCAACUUACGAACAUUCGGGUUGUGAACUUUCACGGGUGUACUGUAUAAGAUUCACUCUGUCAGAUCGUGAACGAACCUGACUUACGAACAGAAUGGUGGGGGGAGCUUACCCACUAGGAUACAGUGAGGCAAGAAAGCCCCUGCUGACCAACCCCAGCCUCCAGCCCUCUGCGCUCACCCCGGCCCCGGCUCUCAAAAAUUAACUGCCUUCAAAUGUGCAAAACGUGAAGCCUCGCCCCCUGCUUCCCCUGCUCCCCUAGCCCUGUAAGAUCUUCUCUAGGAAGCCUUUCCUGAUCACCUCUGCCCAGAGUGUCCCUCCGUGAAACUGCGCCCUGCUACCAGAAGCCAGAUCCGUGUGUCUGUGUCUGUCCUGCUCUUGUCUCCCAGGCUGACUUUUAGGCGUGGGCUGAAGCUGGUUCUCCUCUUGUAAACCCCUCAGCCCUACCCAGCCUGGGGUGGGCACCAAUAAACUGCGUGUUGACUAAAGAGA